GGGGGCGCACUAUUGCUGUACAGCACCAGCGAACACAUAACAGAGGCAACCAUGAGAGUGCUGGUAGGCGUGAAGCGUGUGGUCGACUACGCGGUCAAAGUCCGAAUCCAACCCGACAAAGCAGGGGUUGAACUGAAGAAUGUGAAGAUGUCCAUGAACCCGUUCUGCGAAAACGCAAUGGAGGAAGCCGUCAAGUUGAAGGAGAUGAAGGCAGCAAGCGAAGUCAUCGCCGUGUCCAUCGGGCCCAAGGCAGCCAAGGACACUCUGAGAACAGCCCUCGCCAUGGGUGCGGACCGAGGGGUUCACAUCCUGACGGAUGAGGCCGUCAGAACCGACCAGGGCUUGGAGCCGUUGGCGGUUGCGGGCUUGCUCAAGAAGGUGGUAGAAGAGCAGAAGGUGGACCUGGUGCUUCUUGGAAAGCAGUCCAUCGAUGGUGACUGCUCGCAGACCGGACCAAUGUUGGCGGGGAUGCUUGGUUGGCCCCAGGCGACCUUCGCCGCCAAGGUUACUGUGGUGGAAGCGGGAAAGCAGCUGGAAGUGGAGAGAGAAACGGACACGGGCACACAGGUGCUGUCGGUCCCUCUACCCGCCGUCGUUACCGCAGACCUCCGCCUCAACGAGCCUCGGUACGCGACCCUCCCCAACAUAAUGAAGGCAAAGAAGAAGACUGUAGAUGUGCUGACCGCGGCGGACAUGGGCGUGGAUAUCAAGCCACGAAAUACCGUCAUCGAGGUGGUGCCACCCCCUGUUCGCCAAGGUGGCGUGAUUGUAGAGAGCGUCGAUGAGCUCAUCGACAAGCUCAAGACCGAGGCGGGAGUGCUCGAGUAAUCCGACACUAAUACCAGCCACGCCACGCACGCUUUGGUGAAAGCUUACUUGGUUACACGGACCGCAAUGAUGUCUUUCGUUAGUCGGUUGGUUUUGGGUCCAGUUGUGUUUGGCGAAUCCGACUGUUGGUACUGUAGCGUGGCUAACUGGGCACGUACCUUCUCGAGGUACGGCAGUGCCUUAACAGGACGUUACCAUGAGAAUACCGUGUGCACGACUUGUGUUGCUUCUUCAGUAGUGCUCGCAUGCCCAGCACCCUCCUCCAAGCAGCAGCAGCAGCAUUGUCCUACCCAGUGUGGAACAUGGGCGGAUGGAUGGAUGGAUACAAUGCAUGUCAACCGCGGAAUCUUAAAACAAUCAAUCGCGCGUGACGGUUGAAAACAUCCUUAGUCCGACGAUAGGGUCUAGGGAUUACGAUGGAGAGUGAUGGGAGAUAGGGGGGGGAGGGGGGGGGUUGGCCGAGGUGCGAAGGGGUGGGGGCAUUCGGCACAGCGCGGGCCCACCCAUCGCACCCAUCGUUAGUUUUGGGCAGCACCUAAAUAAAACGCAUCGGUCAUAUUUGUAGCAGCUUCAAGUUGGGAAGGCAAUUUCCUGUCGUUUUGUAACCGUGAUGGUUCAUGUUCGGAAUGGAAAGGUUCGUAUGGUGUCGGGACAACAAGCGGCAUGAAUGUGGUCUGGGACCGUCCGUUCUGGCCACACCCGCCGUUUGACUUGCGCUUCACAGCA